GCCGGCUGCUCUAAAAUCACAACGACAAAGAAGAACCAGCAGCAGUAGCAGGAGAAGGUGACGAAGAAGAAGAAUGUCGAGAAUGCUAAACGGAAAAUAGAGGGGACGAAGUACAGUUUGGUGAACGAUAAAUUAAGGCUGUUACCUCAACAUAUUACAAUUGAACAUAGCUGCAUUGCAUUUGCUAAACUAUGACAGAGCCUCAGUCAGUGCUGUUACUCAGGAGACAGCUUGCAGAGCUGAACAAAAACCCAGUGGAAGGAUUCUCAGCAGGCCUUAUUGAGGACAACGAUCUCUACAGAUGGGAAGUCCUCAUCAUCGGGCCUCCAGACACACUGUAUGAAGGUGGUGUGUUUAAAGCUCAUCUGACAUUUCCCAAAGACUACCCUCUCAGGCCACCUAAAAUGAAAUUUAUCACAGAUAUUUGGCACCCUAAUGUUGACAGGAAUGGAGAUGUAUGUAUUUCUAUUUUGCACGAGCCUGGGGAGGACAAGUACGGCUAUGAGAAACCUGAAGAGCGCUGGUUGCCUAUCCACACAGUGGAAACCAUCAUGAUUAGUGUUAUCUCUAUGCUGGCAGACCCAAAUGGUGACUCACCAGCCAAUGUGGAUGCUGCAAAAGAGUGGAGGGAGGACAGACACGGUGCAUUCAAAAGGAAAGUUGCCCGCUGUGUACGAAAAAGCCAAGAGACUGCGUUUGAGUGAUAUUUGGCAAGGAUCUAGCUUCAUGUUUUCAGGGUCUCCAAUUGAAAAUCAACAUGGCACUGUUUCCUGCACUCUUCCACCCUGUCACCAGGCUAGUCCUCCUCUUGUUUUGGCACGAACAGACUGGCUACUGUAGGCUGCAAUAGAACAUAACAGUGACUACCAAGGCUGACAGAAAAAAAAAACCCCGCCAAGCAAGUGCCAACUCAAAAAACAACAACAAUACCCAGAAGAUGAUAAAACAUUUUUCAAGUCUAUGAACUGCUUCAACAUUCAGGAAGAUAUUGUAAAGACAUGUAUAUAGCACAGACUAAACUGGAUAAUAUAUAAGCUCCUUCCAUCCAUCAAGACACUUAGACCAAAUGAAUAGCGCUGGUUGAGAUAGAUUCUGUGUCCAUUUUUCCUCAACUCCAGCAUGCAUUAGUUCUCUUUAGAUUGUUUGAACAUUUCUUAAAUAUAAAGAGAAUUGUGAUGCUGUUGGAAGAAAGUCACCUGUGAAGAGCUUGAUUGGUUCAAGCGAGAUGAAUGACGUGACUGAUGGAGGGAAUACCGCCAUAUUAGAAUACGCAGCUGUUCUUUAACACACUCAAAACUCAACUUCAUAAGUCUACUUGUAUGAUUUUGGUUUUCUUUAUCCGUUAGAAGUCUUAACCAUCGUGCUCACUCCACUGAAGAAAGGCAACAUACCCCUUCAUAUGUGUGCAUGCUCAAUUUUGUUAAUCUUUUUUCAAAAGUGCCUCCUAAUAAAAUGCUUGGCCACUUCACCCUGCAUUGAACAAGUGUUAAAAAAUGUUGAAAAAAAGGAGAAAUUGUGUACCACCUAUGUAUUUAAUAGCCAGUACGCAGGGAGUCUGUAUAAUUAGCGUAUUACAACAAUUUGGUGUAGCAAUAACGCCCAUUGUAUGAAGUGUACACAUGUUAAGUUUUGAUAUCCUGAUCCAAUUUGAGGUCCUCGUCUCUAAUAAUCUUUUAGCAGCCUCUCUUUUCUGUGUUGUCUUUGGUAGGAAUUGCUAUGCAUGCUUUAUUGUAUUUUCUUUUUUUUUUUUUUUUUUUUUUUGCUGAAUAUUUCUGGGAUUUUGUUUGCGAAUGUUUGAGUGUUUGUGUAUACAGUAUGUGUGCCCAUUUUGUUUUGUCGUUUUCCCCCUGAUCCACGAUCUCACAAUUACUCUGCUCACUGAACUAUGGCAGUUUUGCCUAAUGUACAAAGACAAAAAUACGGAUGUAUAUUUUUCAUGUUAUGAAACCUGUCACCUGUAGUGAGUUCUUCUAAAAUAUGACUUUUUUUUUCAAUA